CGCGCAGAACACCGCUCGCUGCCGCGGUGCCCGGGCGGCGGGCGGGGGCUGGCGCUCGCCAGUGCCGGGCGCCGUCCCGUGUGUCCGCCCUGCCGCUCUCCCGGCCCCGGCCCGGGACGCCGCGCGCCAGCCCCCUCCUGCCGGCCUGCCCCCCUCGGGACUGGCGUUCCCUGUCCAGCCCGGCACGGGGCGCGCGUGGCGGGGCGGCCCCGCAUGGCCUUGGCCGCGGCCCGAGGGGCCUGGCCCGGGCAGCCCUUGCUCCCCGGGACAGCCCCGCAGGGGCUGCGCCCUGCCCCGGGGUGUCGUGGUCUCUAAGCCAUCCGUGCCUUCAGUCGUGUUGCAUCCCCGUGGGACCGGGAUGAGAUUGUGUGGCGGUGCUGCCCUCCCUUAACGUGACACUAGGCUCUGCCGUACCCCAGGCGCUUGAGUUGCCGGCUGUGGCUUUGGCUUGUGAAGCCUGCCACUUCUGGGCUGGGCUGUCGGGGAACGCAGCCCCUCCUUGUUCCCCAGUAGAGGAGAGCAUCCAUGUUUCCCAUCUGUGCUGCUCACCAAUGAGCUCUGGGUCCUGAGAGAAUGAACGCGCAAGGGCAGAGAUGCUCCAGUACUGUACAAUGGUCCACAAGCUGGCCUCUGAUUGACAGACAUCCCGGUGUUUCACAUUGCAGCAUGCCUUCAUGCCUUGCUGACUUGCUUUCUCUAGGCUGGUGUUUGCUCAGAGACCGAGGUAUGUCUGUACCCUAGGUACCUCUGUCCUUUCUUCCCUUGACUCAUCUGAAUAACCUGUGUCAGUGGCAGCCUUCUGGUAUCUAUUCACCUCUUGUCACAUUAGUGAUGCAGUAAAUUGUCAGUAUCAGGCGUGUUCUGAUAACCUGCCAUGGCGGAACUGGACUGCUUUAUUAUGUGCUUGGCUUUGUGUCCCUUGGCAAUCUCCUUGCACAAUAUGAACUACGUGGCCUGCUGGAUUCAGGUAGAAAUGCAGUCAGGGUUGUUUAGAAGGGAGCACUUAUUUUUAGUUGUGCAGUCUGAUGCUUACUUCCCUGCUGCACAGAUAAGUUGGACAAACAUCUGUGUGCCCUUGAGCAGCAGUCCCAAGGGCAGUGGCCCAGGUGCAUGUGAGUUCCUCCUCUCUGGAGUCAGAGCAAGAUGGGAAAAUGCCAGUGGGCCUGUGCCCCAUCCCUGUGCAGAGCCACAUCUGUCAAUGCCACUCUUGCAGGGCAUCUGUCCAACCCUUUCUCUGACCUACAGAGGCAAGCUGUGUGGCAGAGCUAGUCAAGUGCCCAGCUGUCUACAGGUCAUCCCUCACUGCUUCCCAACCUCAGUCUUCAGUGCUGCCAACUCCAGUGCACAGGAGCAAUUCUUCCCACCUCUUCAGUAGGCCUGAAAGGAAUGCACUGCUGUACUGUCAGUAGAAAAGAGUGCACCAGGCCAUAAGGUAGUGAUUAUUCUUUCUGUGGUGGUGCCCGAUUCUGAAUAUGACUUUAAUCAAAAGUGAAGCUGAAUAACUUAUAAAUGAUGCAGAAUCAUUAGCAAUUAAUGUAUUGUUCAGGGCUUAACUGUGGCAUGCUUGUUCCUAAAGAACCCAGCAGAGAGCUGGAGGAUCAUGGCUUUACAGAAAUGUUUUUAAUAGUUGAUAUCAGAAUAUAUAUAUUUUUAGAGCCCUUGUACUCGCAGAUGUUUAUGGCAGCAGCUCUGGUAUGAGACAGCUCUAACCUCAGCUGUAGAGCAGACAGGAGAACAUAGGCUUCAUGUGGGGAUCGCAUGCAAACUUCUUGUGCAGGCUGUCCUUUGGAGGUCUUGUCCUAAUGACUGUCAUUGAGUUAUUUUGUAUCUCCUUGGGGUUAAUCAUUGUCCUCUAUUUCCAGGGUGACUUUCUGUAGUUUCAGCUUCUGAAACUUCUUGUCCUGUUUCUUUCUGCUAGAUGUACAAAUCCCACAUGCUUAUAAUGUCUUCUCUGCAGUUUGCUGAACUGUGAAAUGACUAAGUGACGUGGAUUUUUCCAAUGAAGAACUGCAGCCUGGAUGCCUUCAGAUCUCAUUGUCACACAGGUUCUCAGGUCCACUUGCCUGGAGCCUGCACUCACUGUGUUUGCAAUGCAUGAGGUCUGAAGCACUGACUAGCCAUGUGCACUGUGGCUCUUCCAUGCCUGUAUGUCCUCUUGCUAUCCCCUCUCUCCCUUUUGGCCAUAUGGGGACUGGUUCUGGGAAUUACAGCAGGACGUUCUGGCUUUGGGUGUACUCCCUUGGUAGUUUGACACAAGGGUGGUAUCCCCCCUGGGGCACUCUGCUGCUACCAGUAAGAGUCCCAACAAAGGGCCUGUUUAAGCUCUGUCUAGGUAGAACUUCAUAGAAUGUCCUGAGCUGGAAGGUACCCAGAAGGAUCAUUGAGUCCAACUCCUGGAUCUACAUAAGUCUGAGUAAUAAUUAAACCAUAUGUCUGAGAGCUUUCAAAUGCUUCUUGAACUUCAACAGGUUUAGCUCCAUGGCCACUUCCCUGGGGGAUCUGUUACAGUGCCCAACCACCCUGUCAUUGAAGAACCUUUUCCUGAUCUGUACCUCCCUUGACACAGCUUCAUGCUGUUCUAUCAGUGGUCACUAGAAAGAAGAGAUCGGCACCCGUCCCUCCACUCCCCCUCAUGAGCCUUGCUGGCUGACAGGGUGCUAUCUGCAACUUAGCUGUUAGUUGUACAACACUUGCACAGUGGUCAUGGCUGGACCAGAAAACAGAGCCCAUCUGUGGUGAGCUCAGCCCUUGUGUGCACAGGAUACACAUUCCUCAGUCAGUGGGCUAUGUAUGUCUCAGGACUGCAGCUCUAUUCAGCCUGUUUUGCUUUUGGCUUCUGGGAGACCAGAGUGUGCAGACAAAGACAUGGCUCAGUGACUCCCUCUCAUGGGGUGGAGUGAUGAACAGGACCCCACUGACAAAACUCUAAGGAGACACACUUUCAUGGGAUAAAGGAUAUUCAAGGGAGUCUUUAAAGCCUUUCCUGUUUGUCAGCCUUCUGUUCUGAUGAGAUGACACGGAAUACUAUGAUGUCCUCAUUUGCAUUGUCUCCUGUGAUUAUACCUCCUGGUAUAAUGCAGCAGGCUUCUGCUAGGGAGGCACUUGCUCCCAGUGUCUCUCUGGGAUCUGUGUGUGACUGUCCUGGCUGUCUUAGUUGUCCUUGACAGACCAUAAUCCUGCAUGUUUCAGAGUGGUAAUUGCAAUUUUCCUGGUUAGAUCUGCCCAGGAGCAAGAUAUAUUCAAAUGUGAAUGAAUGCAUUUCAGUGGUUGACCUGUAAAAAAUGACCUUUCCUAGUCACUCCUACGUUUUUUUGUUGGUGUUGUUAUGGUGGUCUUUUUCUCCUGUUUCCAAAUCCCCCCUGGGGCUCUUUGUUUACCUGUGUAAGUCACAGCAUUGAACCUGUACUACACAAGCAGCUUGUAGAAGGACACUGUUGUGUUUACUGUGAGAGAAGACACAGGAACAGCAACUUCACUGUCUUCCUUACACACUCAUGUAUUUAAUUUCUAGACAGAACUUGUCUAUGUGUGCAAGUCUGCCGACCUUUGAAGAAUUCUGCCAUGUUCUUCUUAGUGCUAUGAAAUCUCAAAUUAGCAAUGGUGCAGGCCAUGGGUCAAUCAGACCACCUUUCUGAAGAACAGCAAUAGUUAAGUGUUGUUAUCGGCUUUACAGCUGAUGGCAUUGCAUUGCUGGGAAAGUUAGCUCUGCCCUCUAUGCUGGGCUCUCCUCCCCAGCUUAGAGCAGGGGGUAAUACCAGGCAGAUGAGAUGGCCAGAUUGAGUUCCAUAGUGUGUUUAUUCCAAGCUGUCCCAUUUUUCUGUCACAGUUGAUAUAUAAAUACUGUGUCUGUGCUGCUUCCUACGCAGUUCUGGAUGGUGUGCCAGGCAUUGGCGAUGUGCACAUCCACAGAGCAGCCCCAGAGCUUGGAGAAACCUCAUUUCACUAUCACAGUCUUGGUUCAAGAAUUGCAUUAAUGUAAGAUUUGUUUGAACUCUGAACCCUACAAAAACAUGAGACUUAACUGCCAAGAAACUACUCUGUCUGGGCUGAGCAGCAGCAUGUUGUGUCAGGCAGCCCUGCUUUUUGCUGCUGCUGAAGCUGAAUGCAGUAAGCUUUCUAACAGAUGAAAAAUUGAGCAGCAGUGUCCUACUCAGCCCUGAAGGUACCUCAGAUCUGCAAGCAGCUGCCCUCAUGAAAAGCUGAUGUGAAUGCCAUUGUUCCCUCUGAUGGCAAAAUGUCUGCAGUGCUCUGCGACAGCCUACAGAGGCUUUUCCUUUCAUUUAAUUUUGAGCUGCGGGAUCUGGUUAAAUUGCAAUAAGAAUCUCCUAACCUAGUCUGUAAUAAUUUUUUGCUCAGGACAGGCCUUCAUGCAUUUCCCGUCAUGAUGUCUGCAAGGUGGAAGGAGCCUACCAGAGUCCCUUCAUGUCCUGUGCUGAGUCUGGCAGCACAAGCAUGUGACAGGCCACCGUCCCCUGUCAACGUGACUGUGACGCAGCUGAAGGCAAACUCUGCCACAGUCUCCUGGGAUGUUCCAGAAGGAGAUGUGGUCAUCGGCUACGCCAUCUUACAGCAGCGGCAAGAUGGACAGAUGCAGCGCUUCAUCCGGGAGGUGAACACCACCAACCGGGCCUGCGUGCUGUGGGACUUGGCAGAAGAUGCUGAUUACAUCAUCCAAGUGCAGAGUAUUGGCCUGUAUGGGGAAAGUCAGGCCAGUAAGCGUGUCCACUUCCGGACCCUGAAGGAGACCGACCGCCUCCCCUCCAACAGCUCCAACCAAGGUGACAUCACCAUGGAAGGGCUGGACAAAGACAGGCAACUGCAGACAGGCGAAAUUAUCAUCAUCGUGGCUGUGCUUCUCAUGUGGGCAGCGGUGAUCGCCCUCUUCUGCAGACAGUAUGACAUCAUCAAGGACAAUGAUUCCAACAACAACAAGGAGAAGACAAAGCCAUCCUCAGAGCAUAGCACGCCAGAGAGACCAACUGGAGGGCUGCUGCGGAGCAAGAAGUCUCCCUCUGUCAAUAUAAUCGAGGUAUAAGUGCAGCACCAGCUCUGCGUCGGGGGUCCUGGGCAUCCUGCCAGAGCCGAUACAGGCCUUGGAAGAAGAGGCAGCACCAGGCACCCAGCCUGGAACUCUGCAUGCGAAGAUCUGCGUAUCCGAACUUACGCUUUCCCGAGGGCACCUGUCCAGGGACAUGCAUGGAGCUGGCUCCCAGCUGUGCAUGCAGCACACGGCCCUGCCCGUCCCGCAUGCCAGGCCCCACUUCCCUGCCACUGUGGAGUGCGGAGCUGAGCAAUGGAGUGGGGGGGCACACCCUUACCCCAGGGGGGGCAAGCCUGGGAGAGUAGAGGGGCUGGUGUCCCCUCCUGCUCACAGCCCUGAGGAGAGGCAGCACCCCUGUACUUUGGCUUGGCCAAUGGCCUGGGUGCAGCCAGGUGGCACCAGACUCCUGCUCAGGAGAUAUCCUGGGGCAGACCUUGCUCUCAGCCACUGUGUCAGCCUGGGGGUGGGGUGGGGGGGUGCAGGAGCUAAUCCCCUUUUGGCCCCAAGACAGGGGAUGGGGCAGCGCAGGUGGCCCCAGUGCUGCCAGGGAAGUCAUAGAGAGGUGGCAGCAGGGUUUGGGAAGUCAUGGAGAGGUGGCGGGAGGGUCUGUCUGUGGGGCUGGGCACACCUAGUACAGCUGACGAGGGGAUCCCUGAUGGAGGACAGGCUUCACUGCACCCCAUCACUGCAGUGCAGGGGCUUCCCAUACCUCUCCCUGUUGCAGUGCAUGAAAACUCAAUUGAGAGCAUGAGGAGCUAGUGCUGCCACAGUGUCCGAUUGGGCUGCAGAAUGUGCAGCCAGGGCAGUGCCAGUUGGAGUAAUCCUGUGGAGUGCAGUGAGCCUCACAAACCUAUGGGAGCAGGCAGGGCCAGUGCACGGCUGUGGCUUUGCCAUUUCCCUAGUAGGGCUCACUGUGAGCAAUGCCGUGUGCACUCCAUGGAUAAUGUGGAGAGCCUUAGCCUGGUCACAGCUGUUUUGGCAGGCUGUGUGCUGCAGAGCUCAUCACCACUCUGGGGACAACCUUAGCUUCAACAGUGUCAUGUCCCGCUCCUGGCUUCUGUCCUGCAAGUGUGCAGUCACUGCUGAUACUCCCUCUUCUGGAGCUAGCCCCAUGGCCUGCACCAGACUGGCUGAUGCCACACAGACCUGUUGGGAGGGUUUGGCCAUGAAUACCCACAGCUGUUAGAUCUUUCAUUCAACUGAAGAUGGUAUGAGUUGUUAACCAUCUUAGGGCUGGUUAACAGUAUCUGGAUUAUUUGUUUCCUGGUGCCUGCAAGCAGAAGUCUGUUACUGGGUAUCUAUAUUACUUUGUGUCCGAGGGUGAGGCCUGGCCCAGCUAUGCCCUCUUGCCAGAAGCAGGGGAAACAGAGUGACAUGAUGAGCCACUCUGCUACAUGGGUAGCUGGUGCCCUGGCUGCUGCACUUCCCUCCAUGCUCUGUUCUGUGGCUGGUCACUGAGCUGGGGUGCUGGCUCUGCAGCCCUGGACUCAAGCAUCACAGGAUCCAGCGUCUUCCAGGAAUAAACCUUCCAACAAAGCACUUUCAGGACUCUUCCUUCCAGGUGCUGCUCAGCUCCUGCUGCAGGACUAGACUGGGAAGGGACAGGGUAAGCAACUUCCUGUGGCAGGGUCUUUUCAAUAAAAGCAUCCUGGCUCAAA